GUAUGAAUGCUGCAGUACGUGCAGUAGUGCGUAUGGGAAUCUACGUGGAAGCUAAAGUAUAUUUUAUUUAUGAGGGAUACCAAGGUAUGGUUGAUGGAGGUAACAACAUUGUUGAAGUGUCAUGGGAAAGUGUUUCAAGCAUCUUGCAAGUGGGAGGGACAGUUAUUGGUAGUGCACGCUGCAAAGCAUUUCGUAAUCGGGAAGGCCGUUUGAAGGCAGCGUCCAACUUGAUUCAGCGUGGAAUCACUAACCUUUGUGUGAUUGGUGGUGAUGGUAGUUUAACAGGUGCUAAUCUCUUUCGUGAAGAAUGGAGUGGACUUCUAGAGGAACUGGCACAAAGUGGCAAGAUUGAAGAAGAAGCUGUUAAAAAAUAUGCUUAUCUCAACAUUGUUGGGAUGGUUGGAUCCAUAGAUAAUGACUUCUGUGGCACUGAUAUGACGAUUGGUACUGACUCGGCCUUGCACAGAAUCAUUGAAGUCGUGGAUGCUAUUAUGACCACUGCUCAAAGCCAUCAAAGGACCUUUGUCCUAGAAGUUAUGGGAAGACACUGUGGGUAUCUAGCUCUUGUUAGUGCAUUAGCUUGUGGUGCAGAUUGGGUAUUUAUUCCGGAAUACCCCCCAGAAGAAGGAUGGGAGGAUCAGAUGUGUGUUAAGCUUUGUGAGAACCGUGCACGAAAAAAAAGGCUGAAUAUUAUAAUUGUGGCAGAAGGUGCCAUUGAUUGUCAUAACGAAGCUAUCACUUCAGAAAAGGUUAAGGAUCUUGUGGUUCUGCAGCUGGGAUUUGACACUCGUGUUACCAUUCUGGGUCAUGUUCAAAGAGGAGGCACUCCUUCAGCCUUUGAUAGAAUUUUGGCAAGCCGUAUGGGUGUGGAAGCUGUACUGGCCCUUCUAGAGGCUACACCAGAUACUCCUGCUUGUGUUGUGUCCUUGUCUGGGAACCAGGCUGUCCGUCUGCCUUUAAUGGAGUGUGUGCAGAUGACUCAAGAAGUACAGAAAGCAAUGGAUGAAAGAAAGUUUUGUGAGGCUGUGAGACUUCGUGGAAGGAGCUUUGAAAACAACCUGAACACCUACAAAUUAUUGUCUCACAGAAGACCAGAUGCAGAACUUCCAAAGACUAAUUUUAAUGUGGCAGUUUUAAAUGUAGGUGCCCCAGCAGCUGGGAUGAACGCUGCUGUCCGAUCUGCAGUAAGAGUUGGCAUAACUGAAGGUCACAACAUGUUUGCUGUUAUUGAUGGAUUUGAAGGCUUUUCUAGAGGCCAGAUAAAGGAAAUCAGCUGGGGAGAUGUUGGAGGAUGGACUGGCCAAGGAGGGUCACUUCUUGGCACAAAACGUACCCUCCCUGCAAAAUAUUUGGAGAAGAUUGCUGACCAGAUGCGUGCUAAUAACAUCAACGCUCUUAUGGUUAUUGGUGGAUUUGAGGCCUACCUGGGACUUUUGGAAUUGUCAGCUGCCCGUGAGAAAUAUGAGGAGUUCUGUGUUCCAAUGGUUAUGGUUCCUGCAACUGUAUCCAACAAUGUACCGGGUUCAGAUUUCAGCAUUGGUGCAGAUACUGCUCUGAACACUAUAACUGAUGUAAGUCUGUUCAAGUGUGCAUGCUUACUAACAAAGCAUUCAAGAAAAAUCAUGUGUGAUCUUUUUCUUUCAGUAAUAGAGGUAGCUAAAAAAGUGGAUAAAGUGGUAGCUAAAGAAGCAGGGUCCAUAAUAGUAGCUUAUGAAAGUUGUCUGCAAUUAGCUGAGGCACGUGCUCGCUUUGAGGAGUUUUGCAUUCCUAUCUGUGUGUUGCCAGCUACUAUUAGCAACAAUGUGCCAGGCACUGACUUUAGCAUUGGUGCUGACACUGCCCUGAAUGCUAUUGUGGAGACAUUAGCCAAUAUGGGGGGCCUGGCUGCAGGUGCAGAUGCCGCUUAUAUCUUUGAAGAGAAGUUUGAUAUUCGAGAGCUCCAGGCUAAUGUGGAGCAUUUGACUGAAAAGAUGAAAACCAGCAUCCAGCGUGGUCUUGUGCUAAGGAAUGAGAACAGCAAUGAGAACUACACAACUGACUUUAUCUACCAGUUAUAUUCUGAGGAAGGAAAAGGCGUGUUUGACUGCAGAAAGAAUGUACUGGGCCACAUGCAGCAGGGUGGAGCACCUUCCCCAUUUGACAGGAACUUUGGGACAAAAAUCUCUGCAAAAGCAGUACAAUGGAUCUCCAAGAAACUGAGAGAAACCUACCGCAAAGGAAAAGUGUUUGCCAACACUGAUGACACAGUUUGUUUGCUAGGAAUGCGCAGACGCAAUCUUCUUUUCCAACCUGUGGUUGAGCUUAAGGGUGAAGCAGAUUUUGAGCACAGAAUUCCCAAGGAACAGUGGUGGCUGAAACUUCGACCUCUGAUGAAAAUUCUAGCCAAAUACAAGACCAGCUAUGACGUUUCAGAUUCAGGUCAACUAGAGCAUGUAGCUAGGCACAGCCCCAAAGAAAUGGAAACUGGAGCCAUCUAAGAAGAGACCAUCAUUUUAGAUAAAGUUGUAAUAGACCUACCUUGUGCGUAACAAUGCUUUAGAAUAUUGAUUACAGCUUUGUUUGUAACAUUUAAAUUAUUGUACCAGCACUUUAUGUGAAUUCAGAAAUGCAGAUGUCACGCACAUUUCUUGCCCAGUGUUAUCGUAGGUUUAAAGCAGAUCCUAGCACCUAACUUACAAAAUACCAAUUACCGGCCUGAUCCUUACAUUUAACACAAUUCUAUGCACUCAGAGUGAUAUGUCAUUCAUCUAGCGCACUUUAUCUCAGAGAUAGUGUCUAUAUUCAGAAUAUAUGUAGAAGGCUAGUUUUGUGUCAUGUUACAGAGUGAAUUUAUGUAUCCAAAGUGAAAUAAAAGUACUGUUGCAAACCAUC